GGAGGAAGGGAAAGGCAGGCAAGGCUCAGGUUUCACCUGGUCGGACCCGGAGGGGCUGCUCUUCCCGGCCUCCGCCAUGGGCUGCUCACCUGGACUCACCUGGAGAGGCUGCCUGGUCCUCGUCCUGCUCCUGGGGCUCCGGAUGGCGGCAUCCAUGGAGAUCUACACACCGGGCUCCGUGGAGGCGCUGAAUGGGACCGACGUGCGGCUGAAGUGCACCUUCCGCAGCAAGGAACCUGUCGGGCAGCUGCUGGUCAUCUUUUGGAACUUCCAAUCCCGGGACAAGAGCCAAACGGAGUUUGUGUUCCACUACCAGGAUCAGGCCUAUCCUCCGCAGACGGGACGCUUCUUGGGCCGAGUCACCUGGGAUGGCAAUGCGCUCAAGAGCGAUGCCUCCAUCCUGCUCUGGAACGUCAGUCCCGGGGACAACGGCACCUUCUUCUGCCACAUCAAGAACCCCCCAGACGUCGAUGGGGUGGCCGGAGAGAUCGAGUUGAGCGUCGUGCUGAAAGUGAGCUUCUCGGAGAUCCACGUUCUGGCCCUGACCAUCGGUGGUGCCUGUGCUCUGAUGAUUGUCGUGGUGAUUGUGGUGGUAGUCUGCCGGCAGCGACGGAACGCCAGGAAGGACCAGGCGGAGGAGACAGAGAUGCCGGAGAAAGAGAAGCUGCGCGGAGUCCCGGAAGAGGAGAGGGAGGCCACACUGCCCGGAGGGGAGGCCUGAGUGCCCCUCACUCACUCACUCUCACUCAAUCUCUCACUCACUCACUCUGCCUGGAGGAGUUGGAUGGACCUGCCUGAGAAGACCUUCGUGACAUGGACAGGUUGAGUGGAGAGUGGGAGCGCUUUCUACAUGACAGCCCUCUAAAAUGGCAUGGAAAAAGCCCCCCGGAGACCACCCCCAAAACCUGGAAGGGAGAAACCUCUUUCGAAGCCAGCCUGGACCCUUCAGAUUCCUCCUCCAAUUCAGACCUCUCCUGCUUCACCUUUCCUGGAGGUUCUCCUGCAGAGACUACUAAGGGAAAGGGCCAAUAGCCAUGCACACCCCAAACUCCGAGGUCCAAAGAUGGGUGCCAUGCACAGCUUGGUCAUCCCAAACCCUUCAGUAUUUGUAUUAUUGUAGGCUUUCGUGGCCGAAAUCACUGGCUUGCUGUGAGUUUUACGGACUCCCUGGCCAUGUUCCAGUAGCAUUCUCUCCUGACGUUUCACCCACAUCUAUGGCAGGCAUCCUCAGAGGUUGUGAGGCCUGUUGGAAACUAGGCAAGUGGUGUGUGUGUGGAAUAAUAUAUAUGUGUGUGUAUGUGGAAUAAUAUCCAGGGUGGGAGAAAGAACCCUUGCCUGUUUGAGGCAAGUGGGAAUGUGUCCAUUGCCCAGCUUGAAUAGCAUUAAAUAGCAUUUCCAUCUGAACAUGAGGAAGAACUUCCUGACUGUGAGAGCCGUUCAGCAGUGGAACUCUCUGCCCUGGAGUGUGGUGGAGGCUCCUUCGUUGGAAGCUUUUGAACAGAGGCUGGAUGGCCAUCUGUCAGGGAUGAUUUGAAUGCGAUUUUCUUGCUUCUUGGCAGAAUGGGGUUGGACUGGAUGGCCAAGGAGGUCUCUUCCAACUCUAGGAUUCUAUGAUUCUAUGAGUAGCCUUGCAGCUGCAAAGUCAAUCAGUGAGGUUCUGCAUAGAGAGGUCUGUUAGAAAUGAGGCAAGUGGAGUGUCUAUCUGUCUAUCUAUCUAUCUAUCUAUCUAUCUAUCUAUCUAUCUAU